UAGAUAAGAAGCAAUAUUUAAAAAUGGAACCCAUUCGCACCAUGUUCAGUUAAAAAAGUCACCAAACAAAGGCGGUCAAGUAUGCUGUAUAAUAUAUUUGCCUUGUUAGCGUUGGCAUUGCCUGCCACCAUCCAAGCAGCUCCUGCUGCUGGCAGAAUUGUCAAUGGAACAAACGCCACUCAGGGUGAAUUUCCUUAUAUGGUAUCGAUCAGGCUCUAUGACGGCACUUAUCACGAGUGCGGCGGUUCUAUCAUUGGACCAAGAUGGAUAUUGACUGCUGGACAUUGCAUCGACGAGGAUAUCUCUUCCGUACGAUACGGAACAAUUGUUCUGCAUGAUGGAAGUUAUGAGGCGCAAUACGACAUUAAAGUAGCCAAGCAACAUUUGCAUCCAGAUUUCAUCAACAGAUACAACGCUGCGAACGAAUGGCUUUUUGCGAAUGAUAUUGCUUUACUGGAGUUGGUGCAGGACUUGCCAUAUGGACCUAACGUUCAGCCUCUCAGGUUGCCGGAACAAGAAGCUGCCACACCAAUAAACAAAACUGCCACCCUUACUGGCUGGGGCUACACAGACGCGUUCUAUCAUGAACCACUUACUCUUCAGAAAGUGAACUUAACUGUUUACCCAUACAACUACUGCGAUCGGUACUUGACCGCACCCUUCGACCCCGUGCAAAACUUAUGCGCAGGAGUUUUAGCUAACGAUGAGGGACAAUGCAACGGUGACAGCGGUGGUCCAUUGGUGGUGGAUGGCGUCCAGGCGGGUGUGGUUUCAUGGUCAGUGAAACCCUGCAUUUCAGCACCUGGGGUAUUUACCAGGGUAUCUCACUUCAGGGAUUGGAUCAAGAGUGUAUCCGGAAUCCGAAAGCAGUGUUUGGGGAAUAUUAUGGAGUACGUGUCUAUGUUAAUUGUAUCGUUAGCAUCGUUAGUGACUCUGGGGCAGGCUGUCCCUGCGGGGAGAAUCGUUAAUGGCACAAACGCCACACAGGGCGAAUUCCCCUACAUGGUUUCCAUCAGGAUCUACGGGGGCUUCUUCCAUGAGUGCGGGGGUUCUAUUAUUGGACCAAGAUGGAUUUUAACGGCCGGACAUUGCAUCGACGAAGACGUUUCAUCGGUACGAUUCGGAACCAUUGUUCUUGACGAUGAUGGAUAUGAGGCCCAGUACGACAUUAAAGUAGCAAAUCAAUAUUUACAUCCGAAUUUUACCAACGGUUACACCGCAUCGGGUGACUGGCUCUUUGCGAACGACAUAGCUCUGUUGGAGUUGUCCGGGGACCUGCCUUAUGGACCUGAAGUCCAGCCCCUUCCGUUACCGGAGCAAGAUGCACCAACUCCAGUGAACGAAACCGCGAUCCUUACCGGCUGGGGAUACUUAGACGCAUUCUAUGACGAACCACUUACGCUUCAGAAGGUGAACUUGACAGUUUAUCCUUACAACUACUGCGACCAGUAUCUGCCGGCGCCUUUUGAUCCCGCACAAAACCUUUGCGCAGGUGUUUCUGCUAACGACCAAGGUCAAUGCAAUGGUGAUAGUGGUGGUCCCCUGGUGGUUAACGGAGUUCAAAUUGGUAUCGUUUCAUGGUCAGUUAAACCCUGCAUCUCAGCUCCAGGAGUAUUCACAAGGGUAUCCCCCUUCCGAAACUGGAUAAGAGCUGUCUCUGGAAUCUAGAAGUUGAUGUUUAGAAAU